UUUUAAUUGUAAAAAAUGUCUGCGUUCGACGGAGAAAUCGAUUUUCGAUCGGUGUAUAUGGUGGAUUAUAAAUCGAAGAGUAUUCCGUUUCCACCGCGCGUAAAGGGUACAUGCGACAACUGCCUCAUCGUGGGCGUGAGUCGCGACGCGCUCAAAGUUAAAGAUGUGCCCCGGAAAAUCCCCGACGUGUUAUGCCCUCUGGAGCCGGAGUAUUACAAGAAAGGUGUUGAACGGUUCAAAGACGACUAUCCAGGUCUAGCAAAGAAGUACAUGACCAAAGACGUAGAUCCCAAGCCGAUCGAAAACGAAAUCCAAGAUAUAAAGAGGACUGAGUACUUGGUCAAACAUUGUUCCAGAGAUCUACCAUUUAUGUCGGUGAACUUAGCGCGUCGAGCCAAAGCAAUGCAGACGCUGCACUUGCCCGAUGACAUCUACAUUCCGGACACCACAUACCUCGGCUCGUACCGCCAACCGGAUGAUGAAAAAUACGAAGAACACCCUUCGAAGAUGUCUAUGAGGCCCAAGUAUGAUGAUAAACUCAGAAGGGAGCUUCGGCGCAUCCUGCGCGUAAAUACUGGCGAGACUUCGUAUGACGUCAGCCACGGUCUGCUGGCUAAAGUGAUUCUAGAGAAGAACCCCUUUGGGCCACCUCGUGAAGAGCCCAAAUACGGACGCUGGAAGUCACGUUAUAUGUACACUUACCGUCUUUGAUAUGUUCUGUUUUUGCAUUCAAAGGCAUUUACUACCCCGGGCGUGGACGGGAAAGUCGUCCUCAUGCACAUGUUCCACCGCCACCGCCACCGGCUUCGAUGCACCAUUUCUCAAUGCCAUGAAAUCAUUCCUGGUCUCGACAUUGUUCUCUUUGAAUGGAAUAAAAAAUAUGUGUCAACUAAGUUUUUUUUAUUU